GCUAUUGCAACCAAUUCAAUUUCAUUUUCAUUUUCUUCUGGAGUUAUCUCCGUUCAUGUUUCAUCCUCUCUUCCCAGCUGUCAGGAAUGACCGGAGCAAGAAGAAGGAGAAGAAGGAGACUCCCAAGAUGACCAUCAUCGAGACAUAUGAGCUGACAGCGGAACUGGGCGGUGUAGUGGAGAAUAUCUGUAGGGCUCAUAAAGAGACAUUCCCUUCCCUCUGCCAGUUGGGCAAAUACACUACAAACUCAAGCUCAGACACUAGGAUCCAGUUGGACCUGGGGCUGUGGGAUAAGUUCAGUGAGCUGGCCACCAAAUGUAUCAUCAAGGUUGUGGAGUUUGCCAAACGGGUUCCUGGCUUCACCGGCCUGACUAUAACUGACCAGAUCACCCUCCUCAAAGCGGCCUGUCUGGACAUUCUGAUUCUACGGAUCUGUACGAGGUACACACCUGACCAGGACACUAUGACCUUCUCAGACGGGCUGACCUUGACCCGUACACAGAUCCACAACGCUGGCUUUGGCCCGCUCACAGACCAGGUGUUCACCUUCGCCGGGCAGCUGCUGCCCUUGGAGAUGGAUGACACAGAAAGUGGCCUACUCAGCGCCAUCUGCCUGGUGUCUGGAGACCGCCAGGACCUGGAGGAGCCGUCUAAGGUGGAGGUCCUGCAAGAGCCCUUACUGGAGGCCUUGAAGAUCUACUCCCGUAAACGCCGGCCCAGCAUGCCCCUCAUGUUCCCCAAGGUCCUCAUGAAGAUAACCGACCUGCGCAGCAUCAGCGCCAAAGGAGCUGAGCGCGUGGUGACGUUGAAGAUGGAGAUCCCAGGUUCCAUGCCUCCUCUUAUCCAGGAGAUGCUGGAGGAGAUGGAGAACCUGCAGAAGCAGUCAGAGGAGGAGCAGAGAGCAGACAAGAACAUCACACCCACACACACACACACACCAUGUCCACACAGUACAUAGACACUGGCCUGAUUGCUUGAAAACCUUACGAGAAAGAAAAUAUAUACCUCCAAUGGGAUGUCCCGGAAAGGAAAUGAUGAGGAUGGUCAAACGUGAACAAUACCAGUGAAAACAGUGUAUUCAGAGUUGAAUAUAUAAAGGGAAUUGUAAAUAGAAUCAUGCUGCAGUACUUAGUUGUGAUGUACAUACAAAGAGAAAAAGAGAAUACUCAUAACUGGAUGUGACUGGAGAUAUAACAGGACGAGCCUGUGUGUUGGUCAGUAUCAUAAGGUGUUUAGAAGAUGGUUUGAAUACAUACAGUGCAUUGCAGUACUAGAGAGUAGCUUAACGUAUUAACCUCACACAGAGCCUUUCUAUACGGACGGGAGUGGAAUUCGCGUGAAUUGCGACUAGACAUUCCAUUGUGGUGCGACACAGGGGCAAGGGCAUGACAAUGCAUUUUUCAGAGGUCAUUACUAGGUGUGUGUGUGUCACAAAUGUACGAGAGAUUUUAAAACAGGUUUCCUAUUCUAAAGUAAGGGGCUUCCCGUUUCCAUUAUUUCAAGUCUUGCAUGAUUGGCUUUGUUAAGUAAGUGCUAUUACUCUCACCAUGUCAACAUGUAUUCUACAUACCGUUGUAUGGUUAUGUUUAUCUCUAUGGUGAACGGCAUGGUGCUUUUUUUGUGAUAUUGAUUAUGAUCAUAUUUCAGAUAGUUAUUGGUCUAUUAAAGUCUUGAAACUAUA